CAAAGCUCUCAAAUCCGCCCCGGCUCCAACGUCUCCUCCCCAUUUCGAAUCCCCUCCGCCUCCCUCUUGGGCUGCGUUUUACACACAGAGAGGCGUAGCGUCAUCAUCUCGACUCCUCCUCGCCCCGCCCACCCAACCAGCCCACACGCGCAGGCAUGGCGACGUCGGCGGCGGAGGACCUGGAGGCGGGGGCGGGGUCUCCGAUCGCGGCGUUCGCGGUGGCCAAGGGCGGCGUCGUGCUGAAGCACAUCUUCCUCAACGGGCCGCCGACGGAGGCGGCGCGGCGCGGCGCGGAUGCGGAUCGGGCGGAGGAGGAGGCGGAGGAUCCGCCGGUGCUGUUUGGGCGGCACCCCGACUGCCACGUCCUCAUCGACCACCCCAGCGUCAGCCGCCGCCACCUCGAGGUCCGCUGCAAGCGGCGCCAGCGCCGGAUCACCGUCACCGACCUCUCCUCUGUGCAUGGGACCUGGAUCUCGGGCCAAAGGAUCCCACCAAACACGCUGGUGGAGCUGGUGGCUGGUGAUACACUGCAGCUCGGGGCCUCGAAGAGGGAGUACCGACUUCACUGGCUUUCCCUGCGCGAGGCAUUUGAGAUGGAUGAUCUGCUUCCACCACUUGUUGAGGAGGACAAGGAGGAGAUCCAUACUCAUCAGGAAGCACAGGAUCAGUUGGUGCCUGGGCAGAGGGAACCAAUGGAGACAAGAACUCAUCAGGAGACAAAACAUCAAGUGGUAUCAGAACAAACUGAAUGCUGGGCUAAAGUGAUCCCCUCGGCACCACCAUUGCCUGAGUCUUCACUCUCACAUUUUCAUGACAACAGAGUGGGAGUGAUAGGGGGGACGAUUGUUAGUGAGAAUUCAAUUACAGAAUCUGUUGGCUCUUCAAUAAUACAGGCAGCUGGAAAACCAGUCCAAUCAGACAAACAGAAAGCAUCAGGCACCAUGUCCCGAAGGGCCAAGUUGAAGUCAGUGAAGUCUCUUCACAUUGACACAGGAAGGAGAAGCAGGACUUUGAGCUACAGCUACAAGAACGAAGAAGCCCAAAAUGAGAAUCGUGUAUGUUCUCAAAACUGCAAGGGAGAAUGUGCAGCCUGCAUGGUUUUGUUUGAUAAUUUUGAUGUCAAAGCUGGAGAGAAGGAAAGGAUGAUUGCACCAGAAAAGGUCCACAUCAACCCCCAUGUCAUGGACAGCAGUACCAUGGAGAGGAAUCAAGAAGUGCCAAACCCUCUGAAUUUGGAGCGUUCGGAUGAAGAGAAGUCCAUACUGAAUUUUGCUAAGGAGACAGAGCAGCAUGACAUUUUCUCUGAAAAUUCUAUCCCACAAGAUUCAUUUGAUGCAAAACCACAGAUGGGACCAGAGUCGCCAUGUGCUGUUUCCCCUUCGGUUUCCAAAUACGGAACCUUUGCAAAUCAAAUCUCACAGCUGGAUUCUACUAUACAUAUGGAAUCCUAUGAGGCCAUGCCAGAAAAUCCUUUCACGCAUGACAUGAUUGAUGGAAAUACGAAUAGCCACCAAGAGAUGAAGCAUGAUGGUUUGUCCCAUCAUAAAUUGGAUGGAGUUCUGUCAAACAAGGAGAAAAUGGCCCAAAAUAAGAUUGUUGUGGAGGACUGUCAGCUUGAAGGCAUAAAUUUUGGGAGUAUAUUUGACAACUUGGAUAUAGAAGCAACUGAAGAAAAAGAAGAGAUCAGUCUACUGGACAAGGAGAAUACCACCCCUUAUGCCUCGAGCAACAUAACAUUUGAGAGGAGUCAGAUAAUGUUGAAGCCUACCAGUUCCCAAGAGUUGAUGGAUUCCAUUUCCCCUCUGAAUUUGGAACAUGAUGACUUUUCAGAGGGUGAAAACUCCGUGUUGAACAUUGUAAAGAAGAUGAAGUCAAAUGAACUUACAUCUGAAAAUCUUAUUCCGUUAAUGUCAGUUAAAAGAGAAUUUAUGCUCAUGCCGGAUGAAGAUUUCAAAAAUGACAUCAUUCUAGACAAGGAAAACUCAGUACCACCUGGAAAGUACAAUGCUGCUAUCUCCCCUGCGGAACAAGGAAACCUUUUUCUUGAUGAGAAUGUGGCACCUGCCUCCAUGGAUCUCAAGCCCAUUGCUGGGAAGGUUCUGGUGUCAGCAGAGUUCACUUCAAACAGGAGCAUCCAUCAAAGGGAAUGCAGUGAACUUUCAUCAGAAUAUGAUGCUACCUCCCCUGUGAGGCAACAAAACAUCUUUCCAGACAAGGAAAAUGUGACACCUCCCUCCAGAGUUCUCAAGUCCAUUGGUAGGAAGGUUCUUGGCUCAAGGAUGGAUAAUUCAGUGUCGGCCGAAUACACGCCAAACAGGAGCAUCAGUAAACGGGAAUGCAAUGAUCUAUCAUCAAAGUCCAAACGUUUCCACACAGUAGAUGCUGAAGCUUUCUAUUCAGAUAAGGAGAAUUUGACACCUAUAUCUACAGGAGGUAUGAAAGCGAGAAGUUGUCUUCCAAAGAACCUGUUCCCAGUGGAUGCAGACCAAGAUCAGAAGGCAUUCUGCUCCGACAAGGAGAACUCUACACCUAUAUCUACAGGAGGUAUGAAAGCGAGAAGUUGUCUUCCGAAGAACCUGUUCCCAGUGGAUGCAGACCAAGAUCAGGAGGCAUUCUGCUCCGACAAGGAGAAUUCUACACCUAUAUCUACAGGAGGUAUGAAAGCGAGAAGUUGUCUUCCGAAGAACCUGUUCCCAGUGGAUGCAGACCAAGAUCAGGAGGCAUUCUGCUCCGACAAGGAGAAUUCUACACCAGUAUCUUGUGUAGCUCAGAAAACAAGGGAUGUGUCUGAAAACCGUGCACGAAUUGAAAGUGCAAUCACAAAGAAAAGGGUGGUAGAUAGGCUCCCUUUCCAGACUCUUCUGUCAAAUUCUCCCUUGAGACCAACUAGCUCAUUUGAUUGUACCCAGGCUGAUGCUAGUGAAGCUAAUCUCUCAAUCAGGUUGGAAGAUGAACUGAACAGCCUUCCACACAAAAACCACGAAUCAAAUAGGGUUGGAGAAGGGAUGAAAGUCUGGACCAUGUUGGCUGAUACCGAUUGUCUUCUUGAUGACGAAUCAAGGAAGUCUAUAAUGCUACUAAAAGGCAUAAAAGGAACUCAUCUGAUCAUACCAAGGAUUGUGAUGAGGGAGCUCGAAGGCAUGAAACAGCGGGAGGGCAUGUUCAAGAGGUCAUCAAAGGCCACCUCCAUAAUGCAAUGGAUCGAGGAUUGCAUGGAGAACGAGAGCUGGUGGAUCCACGUGCAGAGUUCUUCCGAGAUGUUGCCAGUAGCACCAACCCCACCUGCAACUCCUACAGAAACGCAACGCAACAGUGAAAAGAGUGAAGCCACCGCUGCCGGCGCCUUCAACUCAAUGCUGGCCCUCUUAUCACCAAGGAGCUUCACUGGCAUCUUCUCCCCAAGAAGCCUCACUGACAUCGAUUCCCCGAAGACCGAAGACCGUAUCCUCGACUGCGCCCUCCUCUUCAACAAGCUGAGAGGCAGUGGCCAGAACAUGGUCAUCCUGUCCAACAGCGUCAACCUCAAGAUCAAAGCCAUGUCCGAGGGCUUGCUGUGCGAGGGAGCCAAGGAGUUCCGGGAGACGCUGAUGAACCCUUGCUCUGAGAGGUUCAUGUGGGCGGCGAGCGUGCCGAGGGGGGCGGCGUGGUCACGCCUGGACGAGGCCGCACUGGCGGAGAACUACUACAACAGCCACCGUGAAUCCAGGAGGAAUGUCCCGAGGCCCGUUGAGGCUGCCAGGGGGCUCAAGCUGAUCCUGCUGCACAACAGCUCCUCCCUCUGCGCGCGUUCCGGCGACCAUCUCCGUCGCUGAGAAGACGCCACUGCGUUGCCCUCCUGGUGAGCAGUUGGCACGGUUCUUUCAAGUAGCAUGUGAAAGAAAAUGGCAGACAUAGUAACUGGUAAAUGAGUUGUUUGAUCCUUUCUGAUAUGCCUGGUGACUGAUGAGAAAUGUGAACUGUGAUGGAAGUUGGAAGACGAGAAUGUGAACAUGACAAGUCUUGGUACGUUUC